AUGUUUGGUCGCAACAAAGGAACUUUAAUCACUGCUGUUAUUGUGGGAACUCUCCUCAUUGUCUAUUUUGCCCGCAAGUCAAAAUGGGCGGAUUAUGACGCCAUCUUCCUCCUCACUCCGUCAUGUCCUGAGGCUCGGUUGCCACAGGCUUGCCGCUUUGCAGGCUUCGCGACCGUGCAUCCGGAUUUUCCACUUUGGGGUCUCAAGUACAGCCAAAUCACACACCCGAAAACCCCGCUGGAUCAAGUCAACAAGAGUAGAUCUGUCUUCGCAUUGGGUGAUGUGAAGAACCGCGACUUUACCUGUUCGUCUCAUGCUGCCUUUGCCAUCUUUUUUGCACCCCACAAACGCAACGGCACCCUGGCCCCUAUCAAAGGCAACCUCCUGGUACGUACCCCUUCCUCAUUACACCUGAGAAUUAACGUAUGUUAA